AUGCUCUGGUAUAUGGCGCUGACGUCUCCUAGCAUAAAGAAAGCCGCCCCGCUCGAUGUCGACCACCCCGUCUUUGCCGUCAAGCUCAUCCACAAACAGUAUGCCGUUAAGCAUGGUCGCAUAUCGCCAAAACAGAUCGCCACCGAAUGCUCGCUUCACUCACAUAUCGGCCAGCAUCCCAAUGUGAUAGAGUGGUUUGCGACGGGCGAGGAUGAAGUGUGGCGGUGGAUCGCCAUGGAGUUUGCCGAGGGUGGCGAUCUCUUUGACAAGAUCGAGGCGGACGUGGGCGUGCCGGAGGACAUUGCCCAUGUCUAUUUCAAGCAGCUUGUCAGUGGCACGAGCUUCCUGCACUCCAAGGGCGUGGCCCAUCGGGACCUGAAGCCCGAAAACAUCCUGCUCUCGUCCUCGGGCAACCUGAAGCUGGCCGACUUUGGCAUGGCCACAAUGUACGAGUACAAGGGCAGCCGCAAGCUGAGCUCGACGGUCUGCGGGAGUCCUCCCUACAUUGCUCCAGAAGUGCUUGCGUGCAACCGGCCACCGUCAAGUACGGCGCCUGCACCCACUCCGAAGAAGAACAGCUACAGUCCGGAUUUAGUAGACAUCUGGUCUUGCGGCGUCAUCCUCUUUGUGCUCCUUGUCGGCAACACACCGUGGGAUGAGCCCGUGCUCACGAGUUGGGAGUUUUACGAAUACGCCACCAAGAACGGACACAGCACCGAUCCGCUGUGGGGGCGAGUGCCGCCGGCCACCCUGUCCCUGCUGCGCGGGAUGAUGAGCAUCGACACAAAGCAGCGCUUCAGUUUUGCUCAGAUUCGCCAGCAUCCGUGGUUCACGCGGGCCAACCGCCUACUCACGGCUGACGACCGUGUGUCCGACCCUCUCGAGCUCGCCACCCAAAUGCUCGACAAUUUAAGAAUCGACUUGAAAAAUCCGGCCACGGCAAGGCGACGUGGUGGCGGCGACGCUAUGGAUCUGGACGGGUCCAACCAACAUUCUGACUCUACGGGCUCUGUGGGCUCGCUUGCCUCCACACAGCCCGACGUGCCGCUCCUUGAUACUGCAUACGACUGGGAACGCCCGGGUCUUCGGGCGGUGCAGCGCUUUGCCACGUCGUCCACGCAACCCACGUCUCUCGCGGAUAUCUCACGGACCGACCGGAUCGACGGCCAUGCUGCCAGCGGUCCGCGCGGCGCAGCUGGUUUUGGUUACGGUCUGCGCGAGGCGCUGGCGGAGGAGCCUGCCAUGAGCCAGUUCUCACAAUUGCGUGGCGUACCCGUGACUCUGACACAGCACGCACGACGAUUUGAGGACAUUGUGCCGUCAUACUCGCUCACGCGCUUCUUCUCGCACGUGCCACCGCUGCAUUUGGUGCAAAUGCUGUGCGCGGCUUUGCACCAGCUCAACGUCCCCAGCCCACCUGCAGCAUCGGUCAUGCAGGCCAGCAGCAGCUACCAGGACAACGAAUGUAUCGCCCGGUUGAAGGUUCGGGCCGCUGACGGGCGCAAACAGACCUUGCACGGUGAGAUCCUGGUUGACCGGUGCCGCUUGCGUCCUGGAGACGACGAGUCGGGCGCGGCGCGGCUGCUCGACGUCCGGUUUGUAAAGGUCAAAGGCGAUCCACUGGAGUGGCGCCGUUUCUUCAAGAAGAUGGCGCAGCUCUGUAAUGAAGCCGUCUACUCGCCCGACGAGGAAGACGCUAACGGCAUGUAG